AUGGGUGCGUACAAGUAUGUUUCUGAGCUAUGGAGGAAGAAGCAGUCUGAUGUCAUGAGGUUCGUGCAGAGGGUGAGGUGUUGGGAGUACAGACAGCAACCUUCCAUUGUCCGUCUCGUCAGGCCUACUCGUCCCGACAAGGCUCGUCGUUUGGGUUACAAGGCCAAGCAGGGCUUUGUGGUGUACCGUGUCCGUGUGAGACGUGGUGGACGCAAGAGGCCAGUGCCAAAGGGUAUUGUCUACGGUAAGCCCACAAACCAGGGAGUAACCCAACUCAAGUUCCAGAGAAGCAAGCGUUCUGUUGCCGAGGAGCGUGCUGGAAGGAAACUGGGUGGCCUCAGAGUCGUCAACUCCUACUGGCUCAACGAGGAUUCGACCUACAAGUACUACGAGAUCAUCUUGGUUGACCCGGCACACAACGCUGUGCGUAAUGACCCGAGAAUCAACUGGAUCUGUAACCCGGUGCACAAACACCGUGAGCUCAGAGGACUUACUUCGGAGGGAAAGAAGAACAGAGGACUGCGUGGAAAGGGUCACAACAACCAUAAGAACCGCCCGUCUCGCAGAGCUACAUGGAAGAAGAACAACUCUCUCUCCCUUCGUCGUUACCGUUAAUUGCAUUUUGCUGCUUUUCUUUAUUACUGCUAUCAUCAACUUCUAGGUUCCAUGUUGUUCCUCUUUUAUCUUUCGCUUUAUGACACUUGUUUUUGCAAAAUUUUGGAGACUAUACAAUUUCUUUUUAUGGGUUUAAAAGACAUUUGCUUGCUGAAGAGAGAUCUUAC